AUGGACCCCGUCAUCAUAACAUCGGAUGACAUAGUUGAGGCGGUCCGUAGGGCCCCGAACUGGAAAUUUCCGGGACUUGACGGACUGCAUCACUACUGGCUGAUGGGGUUCGUGGUGUGUCACGCUGUGCUCGCCCGACAGUUUCAAGAGGCUCUCGGCCAAAAGUCGCUCUCGAGCCUCUUCACUACUGGGAUCACUCAUUUGGUUCCUAAAGACCGGGAUUCUACAGACCCGAGCAAAUACCGCCCCAUAACGUGUCUACCUACCAUAUACAAGACACUAACAUCCAUUUUGAGUGCGAGAAUCGCUCGUCACCUGAGCUCAAAUCAGGUGAUGUCGCGCGCUCAAAGUGGUUGUCGGGGCAUUGGUCGUGGAACCAAGGAACCACUCCUCAUUGACGCGGUCAUUGGCAAGGUGAUUAAACGCAACCGUCGGAACCUCUCCGGCGCCUGGAUAGACUACAAAAAGGCAUUCGACUCGGUGCCUCAUACAUGGCUUAAGAGAGUCCUCGAGCUGUACAAGGUUGAAUGUACGGUUCGAGACUUCCUCGGGCAGUGUAUGGGGCAAUGGAGUACGAUCCUUUGUCAUCUAGGCCAGCGGAUGAUGGCUGCGGAGAACCACAUAAGGAUAAGAAGGGGUAUCUUCCAGGGCGAUUGUUUGAGUCCAAUCUGA